UACUUGAGUAUGUUCCAUCACAUUUGACAUAUUUUUCUAACGAAAGUAAGAGGAGACACAGGAUCGAAGAAACAGAUGCGACUGUAUCACGGCAGAACAGAUCGAUCGGUAUGCCGGCGAACGAGCAAAAUGAGAUAUUCGCGCGAGUCGGUUCCGCCGUGUUUUACGGGUUCUCGUCGUUCAUGAUCACGGUCGUGAAUAAAACGGUGCUGACCACAUUCGAAUUCCCGUCAUUUCAAAUGCUCGGCGUAGGACAGAUGUUGGCCACGAUCGUGUUGUUGUUCUCUGCGAAGAAAAUGCGUUACGUCGAGUUCCCUAACCUAGAAGCGGCGACGUUCGGGAAAAUAUGGCCGUUGCCUAUUAUCUACAUCGGCAACAUGGUGUUUGGAUUGGGCGGCACCAAGCAGCUCAGCCUCCCGAUGUUCACCGCGCUAAGACGGUUCAGUAUUCUGAUGACUAUGUUUGCCGAAUAUUACAUUCUCGGAUUAAAGGCGCGCGUCUCCGUUCAACUAAGCGUCUAUACAAUGAUUCUUGGAGCAGUGGUGGCAGCGCUGAACGACCUAGCUUUUAAUUUGGAGGGCUACCUUUUUAUCCUGCUAAACGAUUUCUUCACCGCAGCUAACGGCGUCUAUAUGAAGAAGAAGCUAGACUCUAAGGAACUUGGAAAAUACGGAUUGAUGUACUAUAAUUCCUUGUUCAUGGUUGUCCCGGCCAUCGUUAUAGCUUGCUGGAUGGGAGAUGCACGCUCCACGAUGGAAUUUCCGCACUGGGGAAACGUUUUCUUCGUCGUGCAGUUUGGGCUUUCGUGUGUGAUGGGUUUUGUGCUAUCCUACAGCAUGAUUCUCUGUACCCUGCAUAACUCCGCACUGACCACCACUAUAAUCGGCUGCUUGAAAAACAUAUGCGUCACGUAUUUGGGUAUGAUUAUCGGCGGUGAUUAUAUAUUUACCUGGCUUAACUUUGUAGGAUUGAAUUUAAGCGUAAUCGGUAGCUUGGUUUAUACCUGGGUCACCUUCCGCAAGAAGGAGUCAGCUGAGCACAAGUAUUCGCCCCUCACAGAGGACCAAGUAGUCAAAGUUCAAAUCGUAUGAUCUGACAAUGCUCAAACUACGUUGUCCGAACCGUUUCCAUCCGGUCGAAAAAUUUCAUUUAGACGAUGAUCUUUGUUAAAGACCACUUCCUCUCCAUGUUUUCGUUUCACUUCUCCUGCUUGCCUCCUUCCUCGUGUCCGUUCGCUGGGAAGUACUCUGGGAAGCAUCGUGGGAAGUGGACGUAUAAAUGGGCAUAACGAUGAGAGACAACGAGCGUCAUACCAAAGUGAAAAAAAAAGAUGGUUACCGGAUAGAACGCGCUGUGCCAUAAACCUACCGUGUACCGGUAAACGCAACGUUUCGAGACGUAGAACGUGAUUUGUACAUAUAUACAUAUAUUCGUACAUUCGAAAGACGUUAUGCGCCGUUAAGCGUCGCCGUUAUGCAACAAUGUGUACAUAUAAAUUCUAUCGAAAUAAAUUUUAUUUAUGAAGAAAA